UCUCUCUAUCUUGUCCUCUGUACACACAAUCACAACAACAAAACACAAAAAUAAUAACUGAGAAACAACAAAAUUCGAACGUUAUAGAGAGAGAACCAUGUCUUGCACCGUUGCAAUCUCGAACUCGCCGGUGUUCUCUCCGUCUAGGGUUUCCUCCUCUUUCUUCUGCAAAACCUCCGUCUCUUCCUCCCCUGAAAAAACCCUAACCCUAACCAACUCACCUUCUUCUCCUUCGCUGCCUUCUUCUCCCUCUUCCCCUCUGAGGCUUCUUCGGCUACAGAAGCCGCCCAGUGGGCUCAACAGGGCGUCCAGCGAUGCUGUCAUUUCCACCUCCUCUUCGAUUUCCCCGACGCUUUUGAAGAGGAAGAGACCUGCCAGGCUCGAUAUUCCGAUUUCGUCUGUCGGAUUUGUCGCCGCCGGUGGUCCCGGGACGCCGGCGGUGGAGCGGAGAGAGCUGGUGGAGGUUGAUAGGGAUGGCUACUCUGUGUAUUGUAAGAGGGGGAGAAGAGAAGUUAUGGAAGAUCGGUACUCUGCUGUCGUCAAUCUUCAAGGAGAUCCCAAACAGGCUUUCUUUGGGAUUUUUGACGGGCAUGGAGGCACAAAGGCUGCUGAGUUUGCAGCGGAAAACUUGGAUAAGAACAUUUUAGAUGAAGUCGAGAGAAGGGAUGAAGUAGAAAUAGACGAGGCUGUUAAAUGUGGGUAUCUGAACACAGAUUCUGAAUUUCUGAAGGAAGAUCUCCGCAGUGGAUCAUGCUGUGUCACGGCACUGAUCAGGAAGGGCAAUCUUGUGGUGUCCAAUGCUGGCGAUUGUCGUGCUGUAAUGAGCAGAGGAGGGAUUGCUGAGGCCCUUACUUCUGAUCACCGCCCUUCAAGAGAGGAUGAAAAGGAAAGAAUUGAGGCUUCGGGUGGCUAUGUAGAUUGUUGCCAUGGUAUUUGGAGAAUUCAGGGCUCUUUGGCUGUGUCCCGAGGAAUUGGAGAUCGACACCUAAAACAAUGGGUAACAGCAGAGCCAGAAACAAAAAUCCUUAGAAUUGAACCCGAUUUGGAGUUCUUAAUCCUUGCUUCUGAUGGGUUGUGGGAUAAGGUUAGUAAUCAGGAAGCUGUAGAUAUUGCUCGUCCUUUGUGCAUAGGCGGCAUCCAAAAGCCAGAACUGCUCUUGGCUUGUAGAAAGCUUGCAACCCUCUCUAUCUCACGAGGCUCCACUGAUGACGUUAGCGUGAUGUUGAUUCAAUUGGGACGCUUUUAUUGAUGAUCCCAGGCCAGUAUCGUCACUAAAUAGCAUAUUUAACUUAUAGUUCGAAGGAUCAUUGAUUUUAUUAGUUUUUUAUGAUGAUGACGAAAGGUGACUUUUAUAUAUGAUGGAGAACCUCAGCCAGUGCAGUAGUGUAGUUUUGCCUGACCAUUCUUGGAGGAACUUUACUAUUUAUUGUUUCAAUUCGUGUAACCUUGACCUUGAUCUGUAAUCAGUUGAUUCUAUUAUGUAAAUUCGAUUGCUAACUUAUACGAGAUUCAUGUCUACUCACAGUUUUGUUUA